AGUGGCAACAAUGGGGUGGAGACGUGUGUCGCUGUGUUUCCUUGCUUUGUCUGUUGCCAUUGUCACUGAUGUUCAAGCCAGACUGGUUCGCAACCAUGUCAACAGCAUCUGCAGCACAUGGGGCAGGGGGCACUUCAAGACAUUCGAUGGCAAUGUAUACCAGUUCCCUGGUAUGUGUGAGUACAACCUGGCCUCCGACUGUCACGAGACCUACCAGGAGUUCUCUGUGCACAUAAGGAGGAAAGAGGAAGGUGGAAACCCUAUAGUCAGUUAUGUGGUGGUCACCAUCAAUGACCUCUCAUUCCACCUCAGCAAGAAUCUGGUCAAUGUGAAUGACCAGCUGGUCAAAUUGCCAUUCUAUCAAGGAGGGGUACAAGUGGAAAAAAAUGCUGUUUACAUCAAGCUCCAGUCCAGCGUCGGCCUCACAGUCAUGUGGUACCUUGGUGAUUCAGUCAUGGUGGAACUAGAUCGUGACUAUGCCAAUCGUACUUGUGGACUUUGUGGAGACUUCAAUGGUGUUUUAGUCAAUGAGUUCAUUCAUAAUGGUCGCCAAAUUAGCCCAAUUGAGUUUGGCACCAAACAGAAAGUCCACCUUCCAAAUGAUGAUUGUGAGGACCCCUUUGAAGAGGAAGAUGACUCACGCGAGGCUAGGAGUGUGCCGGAUUCAUGCAAGCAGUUUCAAACCUCCUGUGACCAGAUGUUGCAUUCAGAAUCCUGGAGCUCAUGCACCAAACUGAUUGACCCUGAACCUUACAUCCAGACGUGUGUGCAGGACAUGUGUGGCUGCCCCAACACUACAAAUGACUUCUGUGUCUGCAGCACACUGUCUGAGUUCUCUCGAGAGUGUUUGCAUGCAGGAGGGCAGCCUCCCAACUGGAGGACACAUCAGUUCUGUGCUAAACAGUGCCUAUACAACAUGGUUUAUGAAGAGAGCGGUUCCCCUUGCAUUGAUACUUGCAAAAAUCAGGGCACAAGUUCAAUGUGUGAGCACCACAGAUUGGAUGGCUGCGUCUGUCCACCUGGUACUGUGUUUGAUGACAUUUCUAAUAGAGGAUGCAUUGCUCAAUCUAAAUGUCAGUGCUACCACAAAAAAAUCUAUAACCCUGGUGAGGUUUACCGACAGGACCAAGAUGAAUGUACAUGUUUGAAGGGUGGAUGGGUUUGUAAGAGCCUUGAAACACCUGCUACAUGUGCAGUUGAAGAGGGCUCACAUGUAACUACCUUUGAUGGGAAAACCUACACCUUCCAUGGAGACUGUUACUACACCCUAGCCAAGGUGGAAAGCAAGGAUGAUGCAAGUCCAAAGUUUACCAUCAUGGUCCAGUUGGUGCCAUGUGCAAACCAAGAAUUUGACACUUGUCUGAAAACCCUUAAAAUCCUGCUGAACAAUGACAGAAACAAUGUAUUAAUGUUCACUUCAGAUGGCACAGUAAAGCAGAACAUGCAGCCCAUCAGUUUGCCCUACCACACAGGUGACAUCAACAUAUUCCAGGCUUCAUCCUUUCACAUCUUGCUCCAGACCACUUUUGGGUUGCAAAUUCAGAUCCAGCAGGUGCCUCUCAUGCAAGUCUACGUCAGACUGGACCAGAGCUACAGAGCAAAGACACGUGGUUUAUGUGGAGACUACAACAUGGUCCUGUCUGAUGACAUGAAGACACCUCAGGGGAUCGUCGAGGGAACAGCAGUAACUUUUGCUAACUCAUGGAAGUCUAAGGUCACGUGUGAAGACAAAGAGGAAAGAGUUGAAGACCCCUGUUCCCUCAGUGUGGACAAUGAGUGGUACGCGAAACACUGGUGCGCCUUGCUGCAAAAUCCAAAUAGUACCUUUGCACAAUGUAGCUCAGUGGUGGAUCCUGAGAUGUAUUACAAGCGAUGUACUUAUGCUAGCUGUAACUGUGAGAAGAAUGAGGCCUGCCUGUGUGCUGUCCUGUCCUCUUAUGCACGGGCUUGUGCAUCAAAGGGAGUGUUCUUGAAAGACUGGAGAGAGAAUGUGUGUGACAAAUACUCAAGGAGCUGCCCACCAUCCCAGACCUUCUCUUACAAGCAUCAGAGAUGCCAGCUGACCUGUAGAUCACUCGGUUCUAAGCAGCAGAGCUGCACUUCUGACUUCUUGCCUGUGGAUGGCUGCUCCUGCUCUGAGGGUUUCUACCUAAAUGAAAAGGGCAUCUGUGUCCCCAUGGCAAAGUGUCCAUGCUACCAUAAUGAAGAGUACAUUAAGCCAGGAAAGUCCAUCAGCAUCCAAGACGACCACUGUGUGUGUACCAAUGGAAUGCUUCAUUGUCAUUCUUGGAGAACCCAUUCAUCAAUUACAGCAUGCUCUUCUCCAAAAGUGUUCUUCAACUGCUCCACUGCGGGCACAGGAGAGCUUGGAGUGCAGUGUGCUCAAACCUGUUUAAAUCUGGACAGCAAUGAUUGUGCCUCCACUGAGUGUGAAUCUGGCUGUCAGUGUCCCAGUGGCCUCCUUGAUGAUGGCAAAGGUUCCUGUGUGAAAGAAAAGGACUGUCCAUGUCGGCAUAAUGGGUAUCUGUAUGCCCCGGGAAAAGUCAUUCUUAACAAGUGCAACAACUGUACCUGCAAAAGUGGAAAGUGGGAUUGCACCAACAAAAAGUGUCAAGGAACUUGCACUAUUUACGGGAGUGGUCACUACAAUACAUUUGAUCAGCAAACAUAUGCUUUUCAAGGACAUUGUGCCUACGUUGCUGUCAAGAACAAAUGUGGCAAUAAAACAGCACAGUACACCUUUGGAGUUAUCACAGAAAAUGUACCAUGUGGAUCAACGGGCACCACAUGCUCCAAAACUGUCAGAAUCCAACUGGGGCGAAAAGAAAUCAAAUUAUCAAAGGGUAAAUAUGAAGAGGAGGACCUGGAACAUGGCACUCACGUUCCGUACAAAAUAAGGACGACUGGCUUGUAUCUGGUGAUAGAAUCUGCCAUUGGUGUGACAGUAAUCUGGGAUCGCAGAACAACAGUUCACAUCCGCCUGGAACCAGGGCACAGCGGAGAGGUAUGUGGCCUGUGUGGAGAUUUUGAUGGCAAUGGCCAGAAUGACUUCACCACCCAGGGUCAGUUGGUAGUGAGCAAUCCUAUAGAAUUUGCAAACAGCUGGAAAGUGUCCAGCACCUGCCCAGAUGUGGAAAUGAAUGUUGACCCUUGUGUGGUAAAUAAGAAUCGACAUAGCUGGGCAAAAAUGAUGUGUAGCAUUAUAACUGGAAAAACGUUCAAAGAUUGCCAUCAUAAGGUAGAUCAUCGUCCAUUUCAUGAAAACUGUGUGAAAGACUCAUGUGCCUGUAACACUGGAGGAGACUGUGAGUGUUUCUGCACAGCUGUUGCAGCUUAUGCUCAAGCUUGUAGUGAGGCUGGUGCCUGUGUUGCAUGGAGAACUCCAGAAAUCUGUCCUGUCUUUUGUGACUAUUACAACAGCCCAGGUAAUUGCAGUUGGCACUACAACCCAUGUCACACACCUUGCUACAAGACCUGCUUGAAUCCAGAGGGAACUUGUACCAACCCAUUACCUGAACUGGAAGGGUGCUACCCCAUAUGCCCAGAAGAUACGCCCAUAUUUGAUGAGGAAAAGCAGAUAUGUGUGGAAGAAUGUGGGGGUUGCUUUUACAAUGGGAAAAGAUAUAAUGAAGGCGACAUUGUUUACAAUGUGACUGAUAACUUGGGAAUGUGCUACUACGCGAUCUAUAUGUGGACCGACAACACCUUCAACUCCAUCAACUACACCUCCAACUACAACAGUACCAAGCACAACCACAAAAUCUACAACACCAUCAACCCAACCUCCUACUACAACUGA